AGGUUCGCGCUCCGAUAAACCUGUUCACGUCGGUCGCCAUGGCCAAAUCGGUCUGCUAGGCGGCCGGCCAAGGGCAAAGGAAGCCUCAAAACAUUGUAUUGGUUCGUGGUUCUUUCCUUAGUGAUGGAUUCUUUGCGAUGGCAGACCGGAAUUUACACGGCGUGAGGUUUGAUAAUGGCAUUCCGAGACAGGUGGCACAUCCUCCCUGGCCUUCGCUUCGCUCGGUCAACCCGGUUGACCUACAAAAGAGCACAAGAGUAUCAUCGAAUGAAAGCGCAUCAUUUUACGCCAACCCUCCCCUCCCAAAUAAGAACAUUCCACUUGAAGCACCUUCGCAACAUCAAAAGAACCGGUACAUGCGGACACCGGGACAGAACAGAAUCAGCACAAAAAUGCCCACCCCCCACAGAGGGGUAGUGGGUGAAGCGUGGUAUGUGAAACGUGCACGAGCCCAACCGGAAAGUGUAAUGUUUCCGUUACUGUGGUGGCGUGCUGUGUGUUGCAAUGCAUUCGUAAAAACAGAACACUGUGCCGAAAUGGCAAUUACAGAACAACACCUCGAACGAGAGCUUGGAGCAAACAACCAGACAGGCGCCAGCUACGAGCGGGAAAAAAACAGACACAAACAGAGGAAGCUCACCCAAAGCUCAAGGCCAAAUUCCAUCACCAUCAGGCAGGAAAAACUGAUUGAAAAACGCGCUGAGGUGAAGUAACAGCGCCCGGCAACAUCAUCGCCGAAUCAUCGCCGAUCAACCAAUUGCUCGAUGAUUAAUGGCACCGUAACCUAAAUAGCGCCGGCUUCAGUACACCGUGUGCGACCAUUUCUUUCCAUGUUUGAUCGGUUCGCCAAACGAACGCUUGACAAAUGCACGUGUACGUACAGCGUAUGUGUACAGCAUAAAUCCAACACACGAACACACAUGCCAGGUGGUGUUGGUAUUUAAUUUUACCCCAAAAUGUUACCCCGUUGUUUCUUCCACCUUCCCCUCUCCCCUUCAGUGGUCAGAGCCAACAUGUGAAGCAUGUUUGGCAAAGCGUCUGGUGUGAAUUAUGCUUUUGGCUGGCGUAACGACUAGACGACGACGACGGGGACCGGGGCUGACUGGCUGGCUGGCUGGCUUGUAAUUCUAGUAUCUCGGUCUAAAUUGGACUCCGAGGUUUGCAAAAGGGUGGUUGUUUUGGGGGGGUGUGCGCGUGAAACAGCAUUACCAUUAUAUCAUCAGUCCGGCAAACGGCUGGGAUUUGGUAAAAGCGAAGCUUAAUGAGCCGCUUAAAGGUAAGCUUUUUCAAUAAAUAAAUAAAUAGAUUGAUUCAUAACGCUCAUCCAUAAUAUUAGUAAUGCAUCGGAGCAAGCGUUGCGUUGGGGAGGGAAGUUGGUGUGAAAAAUUACCCAUUUAUGGCAAUAAUUAAAUUAUAGGAAGACGGCGAUUCCAAUUAGAAUUAUAUUGAUUGCAAGCGUAUUAGAAAAUGUUGUUGCUUAUAUAUGAUUUUCAUACAGAUACAUGACAAAGGUUGACGUACAUACAAAUUUUUAGAAUAAAACAAAAAUCAUUAUAAUCAGAUGACAAUCUC